UGUGAACUAUCUGCUAGCUUCGGGACAUCUUGCCUCGGCAGAUCAGGUCAUUUCAGCAUUUUCUCGAUCAGUUUUUCAUUUCAAUACUCGUUUAUGUGUGUAAAUGAGACAUAUUUCUUCCAUGCAAGAAUAUCGUAUUCCAUAGAAAACUAGGCGUAGGUUCAAUACUUUGUUCUUACACGAAGAAGCAUUUGAAAUGGAUUCCAAUACAUCAUCAAACAAGACCCCUGUUGAUGAAUCCAUUGAUUUACCGAUUCGGAAAUGCCUUUUUAGUAAAGAUAUGUAUGAUCUUUACUGCCUCAUUCCAUCGCUUACUAUCAUCACUAUACUUGCAUUCCUGAACAAGAGAGUCAGGAUUAAACCUAAAAUCUGUGAUGGAAGACCUGGUUUAGUCUUGCCUAUCAACUUUCUUGGCGACAACACCAAUAAUCGUCUGAGCAUUGCUGUAGCAUUUGGUGUUAUUGCUGGUAAUUGUAUUGACCUCUUCAGUGACAUUGCUGGAUUAGAUAUAUCAUCAUUUUCAGUGGUCAAACUACAUGGCAUUGGAUCAUGGGAAAAAGCUGUUAAUUCAGUAGUAUUAGUCCUGUUGUAUGGAGUAAUCAACUUCCCCAUAUUUGCCUGUCUGAUGACUGACCAUCUGUUGGUUGGUGCAGUGUUUGGGUUCUUGUAUACUCUAAUGAAGUUCAUUGCAUUAAUGACUCUUUUGUUGUCAUGCCCUGGUCAUUACACACAGGAAGUACAGGAUGGYGUUUUGAAUAAAGGAUACCAAGAGUCAGAGCUGUAUGAAAGUAUUCCGGGACUCUUGUGUCACAUUUACCUGCUUGUGCGCUUUUUCCUUUUGUUAUUCAACGAGUUAGCAAGAAAAUGUUGGACUUCACAUCACCCGGAGAAUGAGGAAUUAAGCGUUGUUGUCGCCAAAGAUCACGACAUGAUCCACGUACGUCACUUGCUGGGCAACGUAUCGGGGUCGAGUAAUCAAAGGACUGAGACUCGAAAUUGGUUCAUCCGUCUAAGAGACAAAAUCUAUAAACCAAGACCAGAUUUCAAGUUUUCGACAGGAAUGGUUUCCACAUUCACUGUUAUUGUAAUAUUCAUUUACUAUUUGACUGUGUAUUUGAUAUUACUCGGCGGAGAGUUAGAAGAAUCAGUAAAGAAUGCUCGAAAAGAGAUGAAGGAUCCAAAAGCUGACCACACGAGUUUAGAUUAUUAUUUGAACAAAUAUUUUUUGCUGAUUGCCGACAUCUCGAUUGCAUCUACCUACUUUUCUGUCGUCUUCACGUCCAUUUUCUCGGUCUUGAUGAUUCUUCAUUUAAUGAAAUGCCACAGGAGCCAUGUGCUGCUGUCYUACAGAAUAAAAGACUUCCAUGGCAACGGYCCAUCCAGACUUGUGGGCCGAAGUCUUAGUUACCCUGGCUAUCAGAUUGCUUAUGUUGGUUGGGGAUACAUCAUCUUGGCCUUUAUCAUGUUCUUAUUUUCAUUUAGUAUUGGUUUCAUUAUACAAUAUGUCAGUUGGUCUACCCUGGAGGGUUUCAUCAAGUCAAUUCUACCCAUCUUUGUGGUUUCCAUUUGCGUCUGGAUCUUCCAAUACUUGUUGGGUUGGUUAGUGUUCAGGGAUCGUUGCUUUCCCGACUUCACCAUCAAUAUCAAUAACCACCGUCUCUACUGCGUGAUGUCGUUCUUCUUUUUCUUCUUCAACAUUUUGGUCGGAUUUUUUUCCUCGAUAUUCCGWCUCUUGAAGAGCAUGUUUCUUGGRGUUAUAUUCUUGUCACGCAUCGAUCGCACCCCUCUGAUGGUGGGMUAYCACAAAUGGGACCAAGGUUACAUGUCGUAUAUUGGUUUUCUCAACGUACUCAAGUCCUUCGGUCAUCCUGUCAUGUUGGUUUUCUGUCRACUACUCUUGGAUCUGCGUCAAGCUGAUUGCCACUUACUCGACGAUGGUAAGUAACUUACACGAUAUGGAUGUGUGC